AUAGACCUUGCCAACUAGAUCUCUAUCCUAUCAUCUGCUUCCCAUUUUUUAGUCAUAUCGCGCUCAGACUUCCACCAUGAUCAUUGUCAAAAAAGAUUCGGAUGUAAUGACCAACUAUGUGGCUACCAAAUCCGUGCCCGCCGGAGAGGCCUUCGAUGUCUUCAACGAUAUCCAGCAACGACCUGCCGUUUUUGCCCUUGGUGAGAACAGAGUUCUCAAUCUGAUUAUUUCAACCCAUCACGAACCCACCAAGAUCGACUCUGCUCACAACUCCGCCCUUUCCCCCUAGGGAUCUGUGGGAUGACCUCCGAGAUGAACUAGAGAUCAUCACCAAUACCGUCGUCAACCUAGUUGGGGAUCUGGUAGAGUUCUUCAAUCUGCAGGACUACAGCGUGCAACAGGCUAUCAACAAGAUCAGGAAAGACUUGGUUACUGGAAUGAUGGACGCGCCAGGAAGGCUCGUCGAUAUCCUCUUCCAAGCUCUGAAGGUGGGCAUUGAUCUCGUGCGAGGCCUGGCCAAUGUAAAGGUCGAAAACCCAGUCCUAUCGUGGCUGUGGGAUUAGAUCAUCGCGCGCGGGCGCCCUUUGACCUUACUGAAUUUCUGCGCCCUGCUAGUGGCCAUCCCAACCACCGUACUUCAGAGAGCCAAAAAUGACCACGCACCGC